CGGAGAUUUAUUGUAUGUUUAUAUAUUUUCAGUUUUUUCAGGGGCCUAUAGGCAAAUAGGUGAUUAUGAAAUAGUCCAGGGUUGUUUUUUAUAAGAGUGAGGUGUAAGGCUCUAUAUAAGCUUAAAAAAUUUAUCAAUGAGAAUGAACAAAAUUAAAAACAAUAUGGUAUCAGAGAGAAAUCUAGCAAAACCCUAACGAAGUUCCGCAGCUGCUACAGUACCACCGCCUCUACAGUGCCGCCGCCCAUCUCUUUUCUACUCGGCCACCAUUUUUCUCCUUUUCCGUCAAUUGAAGUUUGCCUAGGUGGGGGGGCCGAUACUCCACCGAUCCCGAAGAAGGGGUUGAGAUGGGUUUGAUCUAGAUCUUGAUGACUUGAAGGACCAAGAUUGUGUCAAGAAACGAAAGAAAGGUUGAAUGAAGGGAUCUUGAUCUUGUGUGUAAAGAAGAUCGAGACUGGGUCAAGUUAAGAAGAGGAAGUCACGUGAGAUCUGUGCGAUCUAGACUUUGAUACUUGAGACUGAUCGAUGGAGGAUAUUAUGAAAAAACUGAAUGAAACAGAGCUUAAAACCUUGCUUUUGGUGUUUGGUCGGCAAGGGGAGGGAUCGACACCGGUAUAUCCACAGCCUAUGAGGCUAGAUCUCCCUCAUGUAGAUUUGAAGCUUGAUGAACCAGCCACGUAUCUGAGUUGGUCGCAUCGGAUUGAGGCUGCUCUAGUGGGAAAGAGGCUAGAUGGAUACCUGACAGGAGUCAAGGCUGAGCCAACAAGUGGAAGCGCCGAGGAGGAUGAGUGGAGGACCACACACGCCUUGCUUUACAUUUGGCUAUUGAACUCAAUGGUUCCAAAGAUUGCUUCAACAGUGGAUGGUAUUCGAAAGGUAGAUGAUAUUUGGGUGAAGCUGAAUAGGACUUAUGUUGGGGUUGAGAACCACAUGAGGGUGUUCCAGAUCCAGCGCGACAUAGAGGCGGUGGUGCAGUGUGAUAGAUCUAUUCAGGAGUACUCCAUGGAGCUGGAACAACUGUGGCAAGAUCUUGAUCAUUUUUCAUCUAAAUCGAGCUGCAGUGAUUUAGGGUGCAAGAGCAAAGAGUUCAAUGCACAGAUGAGGAUUAUGUAGUUCUUGGCUCAUCUAAACCUGCCUUUUGAUCAAAGGAGAUCAGUCCUUCUAGCCCAAACAAAGAUCCCUUCAUUGGAUGAGGCUGUCUCUGCUAUGAUACAGGAGCAGAGUCGUAUGAGGCUACACUCUGAGUCGAGUGGACUUCCAGGUGUUCGAUCAGCUUUGGCUAUCUUGAGCUCAUGUAUGACAGGUACGCAGGGGGAGACCCGCAAGUGCUACAACUGUGGAGAAGGGGCCACUUGAGUAAAGCUUGUCCAAAGCCACCUAAGGAAAGAGAGACAGGUAGGCGAGAACAAUCUGGAGGUCGUGGUCGUGGACGUAGGGGCCAUAAAGGAGGCAUAGGUGGAGGUUACCAAGCACAUCAGAUGAUAGAUCCACAAGUAGAGGAGAAGUCGGUUCUUACUGAGGAGGAGAAUGAGCUCUUUGAGAUGCUAAAGAGGAAGCAAGGAAUGAUAGGACAUGGGGGAAAGAAGAGCAUGACAGAUGAGAUAUCCACAUCUGACUCCAAGGAUUCUGGUGCAUCUCGACAUGUGAUAGGGGUGUCUAGUGAGAUCACUUCUUUCACUCACUUGACCCCUCCAGAAAGCAUCCAAACAGCGGAUGGCACAUCCCAGCCUAUGGUUGGUAAGGGUGAACUUUACAGAGAAGGGGACAAGUCGGAGACUUGGGACUGGCACGUGGCAUAGAGGAUUGUGGUACAUGGACAGAGAAGGG